UCUCAUCCGAGAAAGACUAGAUUGUAGUUUUAAUAACGCCUGGUAAUUUUCAGCAAGCCAUACAGUAUUUCCCAACUACUCCGGUCGACGAACUUUAAUUUCCAUUAGUUUGAAAUUAAUUUAUCAAUAUUCUGAUAUGGAAAGUGAUAUCCAGGAUGCUUUAGAAGAUCUGGGAUUUAGAGGCGAACUUUUGGAUGAAGGUGCUCUAGUUACUGCCAGCCGUGGGGAUUGUCUCACAGUUGACUUCAUGGCCUUAUGUGUCUGGCUAAGUGAACAGCUGAACUGUCUCUGCACAAUACAGGAGCAUGUUUCAGAGAAAGAGGAUGAAGAAACAUUUCGCAUGGAAAUGAGUGGACUGUUAAAUGAGCUAGGUUGUCCCCACUCUCAGAUCUUGGGAGUCAAUGGGCUUGCUCCUCAAGCAAACAGGCUGCUUCUGUUGGACUAUCUGACCUCAGAAGUUCAAGCACUGAAAAUGAUUGGAGGAGAAGAAGAAGAAGAAAAAAUGGAGAUUGAUAAUCAAGCAGCAAGUCCAGCCUUUGACCAGGUGAAAGCCAUCUUACAAGCUCUAGACUUGCCACAACCAUCCAAAGAAUCAACUGUGUUUGAAUUGUUUUCUCUGAUUGAGGCCAAGGUGCGUGCACUAUUAAGUAAAGCUCCUAAAGAUCACCUCGGACAACCUUUACUAAUAAAGACUCUAGGAGACAAGCAGUGGGGCAAAGUAGAAGAAAUCAACUCACAGCUCAAUCAGGAGUAUACACUGCGCCGUUCAAUGUUGUUGAAAAGAUUAGAUGUUACUGUCCAAUCCUUUGGUUGGUCUGACAGGGCAAAGACUAAGAAAGAUGAAAUAUCUGCAGCUUUUCAUCCAUUAAGAAAAUCUCUAUCAGCCACAGCUCCAGUAACCAUUCCAGAUAUAAUUGCUGCAAGAUCAGAUUUGCUUAGGUUGACAAAAACAAGCAGCGGUGAAAUAAGAGACAAAAUGCAAUGUAAAAUAAACAAGAUCAUGAUGGGGAAAGUUCCUGAUCGUGGUGGGAGGCCAUCACAUGUUGGAUCACCAGUGGAGAUGCCAUCUUUCAAGAAGAGAACAGAGGCUCCAAAGGACCAAAGACCAUCAAGUGGCCAUGGAGGAGGAAGAGGAGGCAAGGUUCAAGGAAGAUGGGCAAAUAGAGGUGCACAAGGAGGUCAGGGGGGUAAUUGGAGAGGAGGCUGGGGAGGGAGGGGUGGAAACAGAGGAAACCCUUCUAGAGAAGAAGAAUAUCAGAGAAGGGUUUAUUACAGCUGAUACUUUGCUGUCCUACCACUGUUGGCUUAUAAGAAUACUCAGACACUGACAAGUGAAUAUACAAAGAAUGUCAUUCAGUGAUGCAAAAGAUAUUGCACAAACAGUGUAGAAUGUAAUGAAAACUUACAAUAAAAUCUCUAGAGCAUGA